GCGGAGGCAGGCGGCUCUCCGAAUCCUUCGAAUGCACGCGAAGCGGCGACUCGCGCUCAGUUCAAGCCAAGCCGUCGCCGACAGGCCAGUGCCCUGCUCGCGGCGCUGCCUCUCUCUCUCUCUCUCUCUCUCUCGCUCACUCUCUCUUGCUCGCGAGCACCAGCGCGCAGACUCGCGUCCUUCGCGCCGGCAACCGUACGUUUUUGCACUUGCCGUCGCCUUUUAUUCGUCAUUUAGCGCGCGAUUCGCGAUUGCUGCACGCGCUCUCGCGCCGCGAGGUGAUAAACCGCGCUCGCGCCCGCGCCCAUCCGACACACAGUGCUCACUCGCCAGCAGCAGUCAGCGCCAGGCUCCUCUGUCAGAUGCCACGCUCUCUCGACGAUGAGCCGCCUCGCCGAGGUUGCUGCACCUUUAUCGGUGAAAGUUGAUCUUUCGGCACGGAGCCGAGUGGCCUCAUCUCCGACUGCUGCUGCCAAGGCUGCCUACGACGACGCUGUUGCUGCUGUUGUUGCUGCUGAUCCUUCCCCCUUUCUGUACUACACUUCGCUACGAUCGCUUGAAAAUGUGGCGACAGUAUGAAACGUAGCAUGAUCACGAGAUAUCGCGUCAGAAGCAACAGCGACGAGACGAGAGAGAAACAAGACUUGCAGACCAUUUCCAUAACGUGGCACAGGUAGAAUGGUCGUGGAUUGGUUGUGUCCAGGGCUGAGACCAACCGGCAACCGGCGGCCAAAGCUUCUUCACUGCAAGGUCAUCCUCCUCGACGAGCACGAACUCCUUCAAGAUGUUCUCAGCUCGAACUUGGGACAGGAGCUGCUGGACCGAGUUUUUCGUCAUCUCAACUUACUGGAAACGGCGUAUUUCGGGCUGCGCUAUCUCGAUCACGAAAACCAAACGCAAUGGCUCGAUCCGAGCAAGAAGAUUAGCAAGCAGCUCAAACCCAAGAAGGGAGAUCUCAGUCCCGACGCCCACACGCUUUAUUUCUGCGUCAAAUUUUACGCCGCCGAUCCCUGCAAGCUCAUCGAGGAGAUCACCAGGUAUCAAUUCUUCCUGCAGGUGAAACAAGACAUUCUUCAAGGAAGGCUACCCGUGUCUUUUGAUCUUGCUGCUGAACUUGGAGCUUACGUGGUUCAAUCUGAGCUUGGUGAUUAUGAUCCGAGGCGCCACUCCUACGGCUACGUGUCCGAGUUCAGAUUUCUUGCGAAUCAAACGUCCGAGUUGGAGGCACGAAUAGUCGAGUUGCAUAAAACUCUCGUUGGACAGUUACCAUCAGCCGCCGAGCUGAAUUACUUGGAUAAAGUGAAAUGGUUGGAGAUGUAUGGCGUGGACCUCCACCCUGUACUGGGAGAGGAUUGCGUCGAGUACUUCCUCGGUUUGACGCCGAGUGGAAUUAUUCUUUUGAGGAACAAGACCAAAGUUGGCAACUACUACUGGCCGCGCAUCAACAAAAUCUAUCACAAGGGCAAGUACUUCAUGCUGCGGGUGAGCGAGAAGAACUCGGCCGACCGGACGCACGGCUUCGAGACGCCGUCGCGGGGCGCCUGCCGGCACCUCUUCCGCUGCUGCAUCGACCACCAGGCCUUCUUCCGGCUGAUGGCCACGGGCCCGCCGCCGCUCAGCCCCUACUCGCGCUUCCGCUCCUACAGCCCGCCGCUCGGCCAGCUCCAGCACGGAUCCGCCGUCGCCGACAAGCCGCAGCAGCUGGUGGCCAGCAGGCGGCUGGUGCAGCCGAGCUUCCAGCGGAUGCCGAGCAGGCGAGCGCAGCGCCGCGUGGUCGAGGGCCAGGAGAUGGUGGCGGGCUUCAGCGAGGCGCCAGCCAGCAGCAAUCCGCAGCAGAUGCUGCCGGGCUCGCUCGGCCAGAGCAGCAAUUGCCUGGCGCACGCCACCGGCGUCGCCCCCAGAAACAACAACCCCAGCCCCCGGAGCACGAGGAGCGCGCCUUGGACGCAGAGUCAGCCCCGCGGACUCUACACCUCGUCCAGCCCGCGGUCCGUCAGGUCCUGUGGCACCGCACCAGCUCAGCUUAUGAAUCGGCUGAAUCGAAGGAGUAGCUCGGUGGAAAGCGCAAGUUCCGGAGACAGUCAUAGCCGCGGCCAUCGGCGACGGAGCCACAGUCGAAGCCACAGGAAACACAAUCGCCAGUCCGAUUGCGAGUCUCAACUUUCUCGCGGCUCCACGCAAAAGUCCGGGCACAGGAAGCACCGACGGAGACACAGGAGCUCGCGACAUUCUAGUAGAAACGAAAUGAUCGAUUCGGCACCGCAGUGGCACGAGGCGCAACGACGAAAGGGAGAAAUCAUCCAAAGGGCAGUUAUAAGUACAACCGAGCCCAGAAGGCGACACAGAAGUAAGCACAGGAGUCCUUCUUCCAAACAUCAAUUACCAGACGAAUUGAGAAAACACCUCGAGUUCAGCCUAGUCGACACGUCAGGGAUGAGCGAGCAGCAGCGCCGCGAGAUCGCCUACACGGUGGUGCAGUCCCAGUUGGCCCACCACCGCCAGCAGCAGCAGCUACAGCAUCAACAGCUGCAACAACAACAUCAGCAGGUGCUACAACAGCAGCAGCAACAGCAGCAGCAGCAGCAACAACACGGCCACCAGCACCAGCCAAUGACCUCGGCUUACCAGCAGCAGCAACAACGUCAUCAACAGCACCACCUCCACCAUCAGCAGACGCACCAGAUUCAGAGUCAUCAUCAGCACGGACUACCCAUCUACGGCAGCUCCAUGCAGGCGAGCAACGCGCGUCUAGACGAGGCGGUGGAGGCCGCCUCAACGGCGGCUAGAGGUGUCGGCUUCUCGGUGAAGAGAGAUCGCAGGACCGUCUACCAAUGCGAGGAGAGUACAAUGAAUAACUUGUGCAUGCUGCCACGUUCGAGCAGUCGAGUCGAGUCUACGUGUCACGACAGCAAGCACGACUUGUACUCCUCGCGCAAAGUCUCCUCGUCAUCCUCUUCACUUGGCUUGCCUCGGGAUGGUAGCGCCUGCCGCUUGCCGGUCAACAACAACGCCGACAGCGGCCUCGGCGAGAGCAUCACACAAGACUUUUCCAGCUGCUGCUCCAGUUCCGCCGACAGCACCAAACAGACACGAGCUACGCAAAGGCAAUUAGAUGAAGAUGGAUAUUAUAAACAUCUUUCUGAUACUACCAAACAAAGUCAUUCACACGGUGAUGCAACGUUAGAUGCUGUACUCGAGCCAAUCAUAUCCACACUUACUAGGAGGCGCCGAACCAGACAAAAAUAACUAUUGAAGGAUGGUAUCUUUAUGCGGCUGGAUAAUGAAUGCACAUAUUGUAUAUUUCUUUUUAAAAUGAAGAUUUUUACACCAUGGUAGUAUAAUUGAAAACAAUCGAAGUGACAAUUUUUACACCUUGAU